AUGCCCAAGCACGCCAAGAGCAAAUUGAGCAAACUGGAAUCGUACGUGUCGCUUUUCGGAGCAGAUUGUCUGACGACCGAUGGAGCAGUGCCUUUCUGCAAAGUGUAUGACAAGGCUGUGAACUCGGAUAAGAAAUAUUAUGUUCUGCAACAUAUGAAGACUUCCUUGCACCAAGAGCGUCAAAAGCGUCGCACUGGAUCGACGCCGCAGCAAGGAUCACUCCUCACGAAAUACACGGUCGCCCCCGAGAAAAGCAACGAAUUCAGCAUGGACCUAUGUCGAAUGAUGCUUCAAAGCAACAUAGCUCUCUACAAAACGCAGUGCUCGUCGUUUCGCAAAUUCCUGCAGAAGUGGACGAAACAGCCGGUUCCUCACCACUCAACGUUAAGGAAAUACUAUCUGAAGCCCACCUACGAUGAAGUAAUCAGGAGGAUACAGGAUUCGAUCGGCGAUUCGAAGAUAUGGGUUUCGGUGGAUGAAACGACUGACGCGAAGGGCCAGUUCGUGGUACACACAGUGGUCGGCUCACUUGACGGGUCCAAAGCUUCGAUCCCAUAUGUCCUCAACUCGGAAGUUGUAGAAAGCACCAAUCACGCCACCAUCGCGCAGGCUUUCUGUGAUGCUCUGAACAUUUUGUGGCCGGAUGGUUUGAAACACGAUCGAGUGCUUCUCUUCGUGAGCGAUGCGGCAAGCUAUAUGAAAAAAGCAGCCGAAGGCCUGAAGAUCCUCGUUCCGAAAAUGGUAUUUAUCACAUGCAUCGCGCAUGGUAUCCACCGUGUCUGUGAAGAGAUACGGAAAGCGUUUCCUGACGUUGAUUCUUUCAUGGGCAACGUGAAGAAAAAGUUUCGGAAAGCUCCUUCCCGCAUCCAAGCUUUCAGAGAACUCGCUCCAGGUCUAAGUCUGAGACGCACAGCCAGAGUUCAAAGAAUAAGGCUACUCUAG